CGCAAAAAGAAAAAGAAAUAAAUGAAAAACUUCACUUCUUCUCAACAACGGAGAUGAGAGAGUUUUAAUGGAGGGUUUCAAUUCUGAGAUUACAGGUUCUUCAUGCUCCAUUCCUUCUGAACCUCCUGACAUAAGGAACUGGUUUUCAUCUUACAAGUAUGAUUCUUUUGUCUUGGAUACAUGCGAAAAUUUCGGAGGAAUGUCUUCAGAAGAAAGGAAAAACGACAAAUAUGAUUUGGCAAUUGGAGAAAUUAACAGAGAAAAAGAAGAAAAAGUUAAUGGGUAUGUAGAAAUCGGAAAUGCUGAUGAACGCGAUAACUUUAACAAUAUGGGGGUAAAAUUUUCAUUUGAUUUUACAUCUGCUUCUGGAAAAUAUGGGUUUUCUUGA